CUUUCCACAAACACACCGAGUCAGAAUCGGCUCUCAAACGCCGUCGUUUCAUCUCCAUCUCCAUCUCCAUUCCCCCCUUUCUCAACGCUCCAUUUUUGCGUUCCUCUAUCCUCUGAAACCGCCUCUCAAGACCUAGAUUCCCUUUUGGUGUUUCGUCGUCUUUAUCCUCAAUCUCCAUGUUUCAUUCUCAGGAUUUUGAUGGUAUGUUAGCUGGUUGAGAAUAAUUGGACUGAUUUAGUAGCUGCAGAAAAAUGGGGAAAUGGAGUGGAUUGUACAUAAUGACCGCUGACUGCAGACAACGGGUUAAUGAAUUUUCUCAAUUGCAUGGCUUAUCUAACCCCUGGAUAGUGAAGAAGAGAUUUGUAAAUAUUCUAACAGUUGAUCUUUAGGAUAUAGUUUGUAGAUAAGGAUUGUUCUUGUAGAUGAAUAUGGAAACAGAGUUAACUAAGGUUCUGCAUAAUGGCCAAAAGAUUGUUGUGGGUUUGAAGAGGAAAAGGGCAAAUCAAGGCACGUCACAUGCUGGAGCUGGCUACAAAGCAUUUUUGUCCAAGUUAUCCUCAUCUAGGAAUAGACAUGCCAAGUCCAGGAGACUUGAUGACUGUGAAGUCAGUUGUGGGCCAAACUCAAGGAGAUCUCUUCUUAGAACCUAUAAAAAUUUUAUCAGAAGUGGACUUCCCCAGAGGUUUUUAUAUUACGAAGAUGGGGAUUGGGUAGAUUACCCACAAAUAAUUGUCAAGUUAAUUAGGGAACAGUUUCAGAUUAAAAAUGCAGCAAUUGAAGUUGAAUUUAAUGGUCGUCAUUUGCUGCUAGAUGCUUUGUAUAUGAUUCAAGUGGAACUGAAAACAGCUAUCCAGCAGCACAUUGCUUGGAUUGAUGACAAUGAUCAAUGUUUCUUUCCAGAAUUUUAUUCUGGUGACAGAAUGAUGCAUCAGUACCAUCCAUAUGAACUGGAAGAUGCUUCUGCUGCUGCAUUAUCAGAUCAUACAGGAAUGAGAGAGAUCAAUUUGCAUCUUGAAAUUGGAUUAACUGAAGCAAAUAUUUCUCAAUCGGAAGAGUAUGUUGAAGAGUCAAAUAGAGAUACUAAGAAAUCUAAUAUCAAAGCAAAAACUUGUGAUAUUGUUGGGGAUUGGGAAGGCAGUGAAACUAGAAGUCAGAAACCAGUUGCUGGAACACAGGAGGCUGUUGGAGAAAUAAAAGAGAUUGAUUGUUAUUCGACGCCUCAAAAUGAAGUAAUUCAUUCAAUUGUGAAUUCAGAUGAUGUAAAAAAUAUGUUCUUAAUGAGCAUGGAAUCUAUUAAGAACAUUGAGAUACUUGAGGUCAAACGCUGGUCUAGUCCUUUAAUGCAGGAUCGACUGGAUCUGUUUCAUAAACAAAUAGAGACAACCAUGAAAAAUCGUGGGAAUGCCAAUGUUCAGUAUGGUUGGCUAGCUCUGGAUAAGGAUAUUUUAUCUGGUAGAAUGCCAUAUGGUGGGGUAGGCCAUUCUGGACUGAAGCCUACAUCCUUAUAUGGUGUUCGCCUUUCACCUUCAAGCUGCGCGAAUCUUAGUGCAAGCUAUUGCGAUGAUGAUGAAAAAGGGGUUAGAUACAUAGCGUUCUGUCAUGUCAUAUUGGGAAAUGUGGAAGUUGUCGCUCCUGGAUGUGGACCAUAUCAUCCCAGCUCUGUGAACUUUGACAGUGGAGUAGAUGACCUUCAUAAUCCAAGUCAAUAUUUAGUUUCAAAUGUUAAUAUGAAAAGCCACAUUUUUCCAGAGUAUGUUGUAAGUUUCAAGAUACCAUCAAGUCCUCUUGAACUUGGGCGACAAGACCAGUUGCAGAUAAAUUGCUCUUCAAUUGAAUCAGAGGAGGAUUGCGUGUCUUCGCCAGCUCCCAAAAAGAGAUGCUUGGAAAAGCUUGACCAUGGAUCUAGCUCUUUGAAGACUCCGAAGUCACCCUGGAUGGCUUUUCCAAGAUUGUUGAAUGCCAUUUCAAAAGCUGUUCCUCUCAAUGACAUGAAAUUAGUUUAUGGUCAUUAUGGCUUAUUUAGAGAAAAGAAGACCAGUAGGGAUGAAUUCGUAAGAAGGUUGAGGUCCAUUGUUGGGGAUCAGUUACUGAGGUCUACUCUAAUGAGUCUCCAGUGCAAGCCACCUCCGAAGUCUCCAUGUACUUCCAAAGUUCCGAAGGAGGAAGAAUGUUGAGGCUGUUGGUAAGAGUCUGCAUUUAGGUGCUUCCCGUCAUGGGGGUUACUAAUGUACAUGGUGUCUUACUGUUAUUUUGCCUUUGAAUUUGUCGACCUGAUGUGUGACAUCUCGAUAUAGGCUUAUAUAAGACAGUUACUAUUUCUUAUGUACCUCAGUUAAUUGCUUAUUUAUGUAUUCUCAGUCAAUUGCUUCUAUUCUUAUAUUACCUUUUGCCUCA